AUGCGCGGCGGCGCCAAUUUGUGGUUACUUUCAUCUCUCAUUUGUGAUUGUCAGCCCCAGCUGUUACAGAUUGUGCAGAAGUUGAAUAAAUCGUCGGGCAAAAUGGACGAUGAGACACUGUUACUGCUGGAGGAAGGCAUCAAAGAAGGCUUUUUGACAUUGGAUGCAAAAAUGCGUGAACGACACGAGUUUGAUGAUAAUGCCGAGCGCAGUGGUACCACUGCCAUUUGCGCCAUUGUCACUCCGUCGCACAUCGUUCUCGCAAAUCUUGGUGACUCUCGUGCGGUGCUGUCGCGAAAAGGCCAGGAGGCAUUUGGCACCGAAGACCACAAGCCGUUCCUGCCAAAGGAACGGGAUCGAAUUGUGAAUGCCGGUGGGUCAGUAAUGAUCCAGCGCGUUAACGGCAGCUUGGCCGUAUCACGAGCACUGGGAGAUUUCGAAUACAAAGCUGUUCCUGGCCUAGAAGCAACAAAGCAACUGGUCAGUCCGGAACCGGAUAUCUAUACGAUCGUCAGAGAUCAGAAUGUUGAUGAAUUUUUGUUGCUGGCCUGUGACGGCGUUUAUGAUGUUAUGGAAAACGCAGAAAUCUGUAAUUUUGUACAAUCACGUCUUCGUGUAACCAGUGAUCUCUCAACUGUCGCCAAUCAGGUGCUGGAUGCUUGCUUAUCGAAAGGCUCGCGAGAUAAUAUGACCGUGAUACUUGUGUGUUUUGAUGCAGCGCCCAAGAUUGAUCCCGAUGCAGUAACAAAGGAGGAUGAAUGGAAACAGAAAAUUAGCGAGCGCAUUCAAGGUAUGGAAUUCAUGCACUGCAACACCUCAGUCCACGUGAACCGUAUUCCUAAAAACUAG